AUGACUUAUGAACAGUUUAAAAACGAAUUUGGUGUUGAUGCAGCUGAAAUUGUUGAUGAGUUUACACCUUGUGCAGAUCCCAUGCUCAAUAACUUAGCAAGUGGCCAACCUUUAAUUAAUGAUCAAAGUUUUGAAACAAAUGAAACUCCAAAUUCCAGUCUUGAAAGUCCCAUGGUUCAAAAUGAAUUUAAAGACAUAAAUGUUUCUGAUGUUCAACAAUUCAUCAAAAAUGAAGAAAAUAAAAACACGGCCAAAAAAACUUUGAACGACACCAACAAGUUCAAACGUUUCCUUGCAUCGCGUGGCAAAUACAGAGAAAUGCACCAUAUUGAAGUUGAUGUUCUUGACGACUACAUUUCCACCUUCAUAUUAUCACUUCAAAAAUCCAAUUGCACCGAGUAUGAGCCCACUAGUAUUCGAGGCAUCCUUGGCAGUCUUGACAGAAAACUGAAGAGGCAUCGUUUUCCAUACUCUAUAAUGGCUGGCAGUAGGCCCCAAUUUUCUCUGACAAGACAGACCUAUAAUGCCAAGAAAAAAAGAUUAAAGAAACAGGGUAAAGGGAACAGGCCAUGUGAAGCAGCACCACUAACCGAUGGAGAGCUUGAAGUCAUGUGGCAGAAAGGUGUCCUUGGAUCUCACAGCCCAACAGCGCUGGUGAACACUCUUUGGCUCAACAACUGUCUGCACUUUGGCCUUAGAGGCACUAAAGAGCAGUACAAUCUGAGAUGGGGUGACAUUAAAUUGAAAGCUGCUGUUGAUGGAACAGAAUAUUUGGACUAUAACGAACGGCAGACACAAACCAGAACGGGUGAAAAUGUGGCAGAUGUGCGAAGAGUGACACCUAAGGUGUUUUCAACUGGAAAAAAUGAUUUGAGAAACCCUGUUGAAAUUUAUAAACUGUAUGCGCAGAAGCGGCCCACUGGUUUUUCGGGACCCAGAGACAAUUUCUUUUUGGCACCGAACACAGUUUUUGGAAAAGAUGUUCCGGGAAUAGUGGUGAGGGAGAGGUGA